CUGCUGGCACUGUUGAUUACACAAAGGCUCCGCCAAAGGCAGUUGAUUGUUCAAUCAAUGCAACAGUACAAUGCUGCUGCAGCAAGACUUCGGCGCAUUCGAAGGAGAAUUGUACGUCGUCGAGGUAGAGUAUGGAGGAAUUCAGGGAGGACAGAACAGUGGUGGCUUAACUUGUACAACGGAAUUUUGCCGGAAAGGGAGUGGAAAAAGAACUUAAGAAUGGAUCGUGCAGUGUUUAUGUCUUUAGCAGACGAAUUGCGACCCUUUCUUGAACCUGGCCAGAGCCCAAGAGGACUUGAUGUACCCUCAGUUGAAAAACAGCUUGCUAUGACCCUAUACUUUUUAAAGGAUCAAGGCUCCCUUAUAAUGACAGCAAAUGCGUUUGGAGUUGCUCAUUGCACAGUCUCCGUGGUCGUUAGGAAAGUAUGUGACUUAAUCACUAAUGUUUUAGGUGCAAAGUACAUAAAAUUGCCCACUACCGAUCAAGAAAUGAAGGAUCUGAUUGAUGGCAUGGAAAAUAAAUAUGGAUUCCCACAGGCUUUUGGAUGCGUGGAUGGCACACAUAUUCCCAUUGCACAACCGUGUGAGAAUCCCCAUGACUAUUUUAGCUAUAAGCUGAAGUACACAUUGAAUGUUCAAGGAGUUUGUGACUGGAAAGGGCUAUUUUUAGAUGUUGACAUCAAAUGGCCAGGAAGUGUACACGAUGGAAGAGUCUUUGCUAAUUCAAGAAUAAACAGACUGUUAAGAGAGGAAAGACUUCCCAUGUGCUAUAACGAACUCCUACCAGGCCAUGAAAAGAUACCAGUUAUACUACUCGGUGAUCCUGCUUACCCACUGCUUCCUUACUGCAUUGAAGGAAUUUCCGAAUGCUCGUUCAAAUGAAGAGGUCAUUUUUAAUAAUAUGCUUCGGAGUGCUAGAAACCCAAUAGAGUGUGCUUAUGGCCGUCUCAAAGCAAGAUGGCAAAUAUUGAACAAAAGAAUUGACAUUGGAUUGAAGUUUAUCCCAACCUUAAUUUAUGCCUGUUGUGUACUUCACAAUAUUUGUGAAUUGCGGGGCAUGAAUGUAGAGGAUGAUGCUCUUGCACAACAAAUGGAACGUGAUAGGCUUGCCCAGCCUGAAAAUACACCAGACCGGCUAUAUUCAGUUAACAGUGCCGAAGGAGCUUAUGUGAGGAACAUCAUCACAUCCUCCUACAAGGAACACAUUCCUCACUGA